GCAGAUUUUGAGGAGUGAACGGGAGGUACCAGACUCGAUGAGUUUCCAGCGAAAUGUCGGAAAAGUCAGGCCAGAGUACAAAAGCAAAGGAUGGAAAAACAAAGUAUGCAACACUCAGUCUGUUUAAUACUUACAAGGGAAAGUCACUGGAAACUCAGAAAACCACAGUUGCUGCACGCCAUGGAUUGCAGAGUCUUGGAAAAGUUGCUAUUUCCAGGAGGAUGCCUCCCCCAGCUAAUCUGCCCAGCCUCAAAGCAGAGAACAAAGGCAACGACCCCAAUGUGAACAUUGUGCCUAAAGAUGGCACAGGAUGGGCUUCAAAACAAGAACAGCACGAAGAAGAGAAACAGCCAGACGUGCCGCAGACACAGCCAAAACCUGCUGUUCCUGCUCCUCCAGAAGCAGCUCCUGUUGCCAAAUCCUGGGCCAACACCAAGCCAGGGGGGCAAGAUGGUCCACCUAUUCCAAUCAAUAGUUAUUUCCAGCAAGAAUUCCCCAGUCUGCCAGCAGCUGGGGAUCAGGAGAAGUCAGGCAAAGAUAAGGAUGGAGCUGAAGAUGGAUCAGGAGCCAACCUGCGACCACAGAAUGCUACUAGUUGGAGGGAUGGGGCUAAUAAGAACAACUCUCCUGGUUCUCCAGCAGAUCAGGAAGCUAAGGCUCUGGGACAAGAGGAUGGCAGCACUACACCAGCAGAACAAAACGAUGGCCAGAAGGCAGGAGACAAGAGGGAUGUGCGGUUGCCACAGGUCCCUCAGCCCAAGCUGAAUGGCCAGCAGCAGCCACCCAUCUCAUCCCAGUACAGAGCAAUGAUGCCUCCUUAUAUGUUUAAUCAGUAUCCCAGAAUGGCAUAUCCUCCCUCCAUGCAAGGUCCAACGAGAUUUCCUAAUUCGGAGCCUAGCAGGGGCCCAAGGGGAAGAGGCCCGCCCUCAUGGUGCUCAGAACCUAUUGAACGCCCAUCCAUUCUUAGUGCUAGUGAGCUCAAAGAGCUUGAUAAAUUUGAUAAUCUAGAUGCUGAGGCUGAUGAAGGCUGGGCAGGUGCUCAGAGUGAAGUGGAUUACACUGAGCAGUUGAAUUUCAGUGAUGAUGAUGAACAAGGAAGCAGUCAGAAAGAAAAGGAAAGUGGUGAUGAACAAACACCAUCAAAAGAUUCCCAGAGUCCUGAUGGCCAGAAGGAAACAGAAGAACAGACAAAUGCCAAGUCUGCCACCCAGGUUUCCACAGCAGCAGCCAAAGGGCCUUACAGCAAAAGCUCUCAGCUUGAUCAGGAUCGAGGUCCACCACAGCCUUCUAUACAUGAAAGAGGUGGCCCUGCUCCUCCUCCAAAAUCUAUUCUGCCACCGCACCCUCCUCCCCCUGAUCGCCAGAUGGGGAGGCAGGGACCCUUUCCCCCUAAACCAGUACCAGAUGAAGAUGAAAUCUGGAAGCAGAGGAGAAGGCAGCAGUCAGAGAUCUCGGCUGCAGUGGAGCGAGCCCGUAAGCGGCGAGAAGAGGAAGAGAGGAGAAUGGAAGAGCAGCGAAAAGCAGCCUGCGCUGAAAAACUCAAACGGUUAAACGAGAAAUUUGGCUGCGUGACAAAACCCUCCCGGGAAGACCCUCUGAAAGAGAGAGAGAGGGAGAGGGAAAGAGAAAGGGAGAGAGAACGGGAGCGGGAGAGGGAAAAGGAGAGGGAGCGGGAGAGGGAGCAAGAAAAAGAGAGGGAGAAGGAAAAGGAGAAAGAGAGGGAAAAGGAGAAGGAAAAGGAAAAAGAAGAAAAAGAAAAAUUGGAGAAGGUGAAAGAACAAGAAGUGGAGAAAGAGAAAGAAAAAGAGGUGGAGAAAGAAGAGAAGGAGAAUGAGAAAGAGAAGGAAGAGAAACCAGCACAUGAGGUUCCUGAGCCUGUAGAACCUGUGGCAACACCUGUAGUAGAAAAACAAGACAGUGAAACCAAGAAUAACAAAGAAGAAAAAGAAGAUCAACCAGUCUUUACUCGACAAGACAGUGGUCGGAAUGAGAAAGAAGUUUCACAGGUGACUCAUGAGAAUGAGCCAGACUCAGGAUCUCAGCCUCGUCCUGCUGUUUCCUCAGGCUAUUCUAAGCAGUUCCAGAAGUCAUUACCACCAAGAUUUCAGAGGCAGCAGGAGCAAAUGAAACAGCAGCAGUGGCAGCAACAGCAGCAAGGUGUCCUUCCACAGUCUGCUCCCUCGCAGCCUUCCAGCGGCCCUGUCCCACCACCCCAGCACAGACCCCUUUACCAGCCCAUGCAGCCCCAUCCCCAGCAUUUGGCUUCCAUGGGCUUUGACCCCCGCUGGCUCAUGAUGCAGUCCUACAUGGACCCACGGAUGAUGUCAGGAAGACCUGCCAUGGAUAUGCCUCCUAUUCAUCCAGGAAUUAUGCCUCCCAAACCACUGAUGAGAAGAGAGCAGCUGGAGGGCUCAGCAGCUGGGUCAGAUUCAUUUGAGCACAUGGCUCGCUCUACAAGGGAGCACAGCGUGCCUCUGUCAGAGCCACGCAUGAUGUGGGGCUCAGACCCCUACCCCCACACAGAGUCUCAGCAGUCCACUUCUCCUCCCAAGGUCUUAGAAGAGCCUGAUGAUUUGAGGUCUGAGGCGCACUUGGAGCAAGAACGAGUUGCUGUCCCUGCCAGUGCUUAUCCUGUAGAGCACAACCAGUUGGACUCUCAUCCAAAGACAGAAUUUUUCAGAGAAUCAGGAGAGGUAGAGGUACAGAAGUUUCCAAGCAGGCCUUUGGAAGAUGCACAACCUCUCCAAACUGACACCCCUAACACAGCAGUUAAUUUUGAAGGAGUGAGUGAGAAGGUCACACGUAGUUCUCCAGAAGAAUUGGUGCCUGUAGGGGAAAGUCACUCUUCAUUGAAGAGAAGCAUUUCCCAUGCUUCAAGUCACUCUCUAAAAUCAGAAGACCAGAGGAGUGAAACAGCAGCAAAUAUCCCUAAAUUAAGUAGCAGACCAAUUGAGACAAAGGAGACAAUUGAGAGACUUGAGAUUAAACCGAAAAAAGAAAUUCUGAUCACUAAUAGAACAUCAGAAGGACCAAAGCCUGAGAAAACAUUCAAACCUAAGUCUGAAACAAGAUGGGGUCCUAGGCCAGGUUACAGCAGGCGAGAUGAAGGCGGCGACAGACCAGUGAGAAGAUCGGGUCCUAUUAAGAAACCUGUGCUUAGGGAUAUGAAGGAAGAGCGUGAGCAGAGAGAAGAGCGCGAGCAGAGAAAGGAGAAGGAAGGAGAAAAGACAGCUAGUGAAAAACCAUGCAAGCCUGAAAAAAGUGACAAAAAGGAAGCACCUCAAGUGCCUCUGGCUCAGGCUGAGCCAGAGAGAUCAGCCUCCAGCAGCGCUCCCCUGGCAAAGAAGAUAACCCAGGAUGCUGCCCCAGCACCAGCAAGCCAGGAGAGCAGUCAGCCCGAGGCAGCAGCUAAAGCUGUGGUGCAGCCCCCUGCCCCUGCAGUCCAGCAGCAGCUCCCAGCUGCCCAGCCAGCCACUGGCCAGCUGCCCCCGGCCAUCCCGCAGCCACCGGCUGCCCCGCUGGCCGCUCAGCCCCCGCCCCACACGCAGCCCCCCGCUCCUGCCAGCAAGGAGGACAAGCAGGCUGAGAAGGUGGUGAGCAAGGAGGUGGUAGAGAAACCACGCCUGGAAACCAGGCCAGUGAAAAGAGAGCCUGGCUUACCACCUAGGACAUACUGGAAAGAGGCCAGGGAUAGGGACUGGUUCCCAGAUCAGGGCUACAGAGGCAGAGGUCGUGGCGAGUAUUACUCUAGGGGCCGUAGCUACAGGGGUUCUUAUGGGGGACGUGGUCGGGGCAGUAGAGGCCAUAAUAGAGAGUACCCACACUACAGAGAUCCUAAGCCUAGAUCAGAGCAUGUGCCUUCAGGGCCUGUUAGGCAAAGAGAAGAGAGCGAAACUCGUAGUGAGAGUUCUGACUUUGAAGUAAUCCCAAAACGGCGGCGCCAGCACGGCUCGGAGACGGAUUCUGACAGUGAAGUGCACGAGAGCGCAAGUGACACCCUGCUCUCGGACAAAGACAGCAUCAUCAAGGGCAAGCACCCGAAAAGAGAAGAAAGAGCUGAUGGCAAGAAGCCUCCAAAGCCCCUGUCGUUCAAACCUGAGAACAGUAUCAGAGUAGACAACAGAUCCCUAGAAAAAACAUACAUCAGAGAUUAUGAGAACAAGCCCAAACCAGGAUUUCUUCCUAAAGGAGAGCCUUCUAGACGAGGCAGAGGGGGAAUGUACAGACGUGGGGGCAGGGAUCCCGGGGGACGUCCUCCACGCCCAUCCACAAUAAGGAGACCGGCCUACAGGGACAACCAAUGGAACCCCAGGCAAACAGAGAUCAUUAAACCAGAAGAUGGGGAGCCUCCAAGAAGAAAUGAGCAUUAUGGUCCUAUACCAAUUGAUAAAAGACCUCCAAAAUUUGAGAGAAAGUUUGAUCCAAACAGAGAGAGGCCACGAAGACAGAGGCCUGCCCGGCCUCCAAGGCAGGAUAAGCCACCACGCUUCAGGCGCCUAAAGGAGAGAGAGGCUGCAUCCAAGAUCAGUGAGGUGGUGACCAGCUCCACGACGAGUGCCACAGUCAAUAAUGCAGUUAAUGAGCCCUCCAACCCUGCUCUGGAUGUGUCAGGAAGUAAGACGCCAGACUUGUCCAACCAGAAUUCUUCAGACCAGGCAAAUGAAGAGUGGGAAACAGCCUCGGAAAGCAGUGACUUCAAUGAGAGGCGGGAAAGGGAUGAGAAGAAAACAGCAGAUGCAGCAGCACAGGUUGCUGCGAAGGCAGGAGAAAAUGCUGGAGCUCCAAAAAGGGAAAUAGCCAAGAGAAGCUUCUCUAGUCAGCGGCCUGGAAUAGACCGUCAGAACCGACGUGGCAACAACGGGCCAGCCAAGCCAGGGAGGAAUUUCUCAGGGCCCCGGAGUGAAAGGCGGAGUGGUCCUCCUCCCAGAAGUGGAAAAAGAGGGCCAUUUGAAGAGCAGGCAGCACCUGUGCCCGGUGUUGAUCCUGCCAACGGCAACGCUUUACAUCAGGAGGAUGGAGGUGUCACUGCUGCAGGACAGAAGACCACCAAGGAUGCAAGUGGCAAAAAGAGAGAAGAGCCAAAGGCUGGUCCAAAGAAGCCUAAGGAAAAAGUGGAUGCCUUGUCGCAAUUUGAUCUUAAUAAUUAUGCAAGUGUUGUGAUCAUUGAUGAUCACCCUGAAGUGACAGUAGUUGAAGACUCCCAAUCUAACUUGAAUGAUGAUGGUUUCACAGAAGUGGUGUCUAAGAAGCAGCAAAAACGCUUGCAAGAUGAGGAGCGCAGAAAGAAGGAAGAACAAACAGUGCAGGUUUGGACCAAAAAAGGAUCAAGUGAAAAAGGCCGAGGUCAGAAUUCCAAGCUCCCCCCCAGAUUUGCCAAAAAGCAGCAGCAGCAGGCAGCAGCUGCAGCUGCACAGCAGGCUCAGGCACAAGCUCAGGCUCAGCCUCCCUGCCCAGCACCGUCUCCAGCCCAGCCACAAGCUCCUGUUGCAGCACAAGGCCAGGCUGCAGGAGGGACAGCCAGCACAGACUACACCGUGUCAGGCAAAGUCCUGCAGAGCACCCAGCCUCACAACGGUCUGGGAGCUGAGUUAUGGGACAGCAAAGUGCCUCCUACAGCAGUUCUGAAUGACAUCUCCAAAAAAUUGGGACCCAUUAGCCCACCUCAGCCACCUUCAGUCAGUGCCUGGAACAAGCCUCUGACAUCUUUUGGUUCAGCUCCAUCUCCAGAGGGGGCAAAGCCUGGACAAGAAGGUGGAGUUGAUCUUGGUAUAGAAACCAUUCAGUUUGGAGCCCCAGCUUCCAGUGGCAGUGACAAUGAAGUUGGUCCUGUGCUUUCUGAGAAGUCCACUGACAAAUUACCAGAACCCAAAGAGCAGAGACAGAAACAGCCUCGGGCUGGACCCAUCAAAGCACAAAAGCUUCCAGACUUGAGCCCGGUAGAAAACAAAGAGUAUAAACCUGGUCCUAUUGGCAAAGAGCGUUCUUUAAAGAACAGGAAGGUGAAGGAUGCCCAGCAGGGAGAGCCUGAGGGACAGGAGAAGCCAUCUCCCACCUCUGUCAGAAGCCCAGAACCUGUCACUGCAAAGGAGACCAAAGCAGCGAGCGAGCUGAGCACGGAGAUAGGAACGAUGAUAUCUGUGUCUGCUCCAGAGUUUGGGACAAACACCAAGGAGUCUGUAACAGACUACACUACACCUUCUUCUCAUCCUAACACAGUGGCUACUAGCAGUACAAAAAUGGAGGAGACUUUGGUGACGAACGUGCCCCUGCCCCACACCCUUCCCCUCCCUAGGAGGGAGACUUUACAACAGAGCUCCAGCCUAACUCCAGUUUCUCCCGCUACCGUCGACCUCACCCUCAAGAUGGAGUCUGCACGGAAAGCAUGGGAGAAUUCCCCAAACAUGGGGGAGAAGAGUUCACCAGUGACCUCCGCAGCGUCUCCCAUUGCUGGUGGCAGCAGCAGCAGUAGCAGCAACACUGGGCCAAGCAGUGGCACUUACAGCUCUUUCUCAAGUGCAUCAAUGCCUCCUAUUCCUGUGGCCUCAGUUACCCCCACAACAUCCCUCUCAGGAGCUGGAACAUACACAACCUCUUCACUGAGUACAAAGACUGCAAGCACGUCAGACCCUCCUAAUAUCUGCAAGGUGAAACCCCAGCAGUUGCAGACAAGCAGCCUGGCUUCUGCCAGCCACUUCUCCCAGCUAAGCUGCAUGCCAUCCCUCAUUGCCCAGCAGCAGCAAAGUCCCCAGGUCUACGUGUCUCAGUCUGCAGCAGCUCAAAUCCCAGCAUUUUAUAUGGAUACAAGUCAUCUGUUCAAUACCCAGCAUGCCCGUUUGGCACCUCCUUCUCUGGCCCAACAGCAAGGCUUUCAGCCAGGCCUUUCUCAGCCUGCUUCAGUUCAGCAAAUCCCCAUCCCCAUCUAUGCACCUCUGCAAGGACAGCAUCAAGCUCAGCUGAGUUUAGGAGCAGCACCAGCUGUUUCACAAGCCCAAGAGUUGUUCAAUUCCUCCUUACAACCUUACAGAUCCCAGCAAGCUUUUAUGCAGAGUGGUUUGUCUCAGCCAUCACCAGUGGUCCUGUCUGGCACAGCCUUACACAACUUCCCAGCAGUGCAGCACCAGGAGCUGGCUAAGGCACAGUCCAGCCUGGCCUUCCAGCAGACUUCCAGUACUCAGCCUAUUCCUAUCCUGUAUGAGCAUCAGCUUGGGCAGGCUUCAGGACUGGGAGGCUCUCAGCUGAUUGAUACACACAUCCUGCAGGCCAGAGCUACACUCACUCAGGCUUCCAAUCUCUACUCUGGGCAAGUUCAGCAGCCUGGCCAGAGCAAUUUCUACAACACUGCACAGUCUCCCAGUGCUCUCCAGCAGGUGACAGUACCUUUGCCAGGAUCACAGAUUUCUCUGCCCAACUUUGGAUCCACAGCACAGCCACUGAUUGCCCUGCCCCAGUCGUUACAGCCACCACUACAGCACACCCCACCACAAGCUCAGGCUCAAAACCUGAGCAGACCUGCCCAAGUGACCCAGCCUUUCAGAGGAUUGAUUCCAGCAGGAACUCAGCACAGCAUGAUUGCUGCAACUGGAAAGAUGGAAUCCCAGCUUUACAGGCACCGGGGAAUUUCGGAUAGUGUGCAGCACUCGGCAGUUGCAGUCCGCUUCCAGAUAUCAGAAAUGGACCUGAAGGCCUUUGGAGGUGGCAUUGAUGUUAAACCUGGAACACCACCAGUUUCUGGCAGGAGUACUACCCCGACCUCCAGUCCCUUCCGGGCCAGUUCUACAAGUCCUAACAAUCAGUCCAAUAAAAUGAACAGCAUUGUCUACCAGAAGCAGUUCCAGUCAGCAGCUGCAGCUGUGAGAAUGACACAGCCCUUUCCUGCACAAUUUGCACCACAGGCAAAACAAAGAGCAGAAGUCCUUCAGUCCACCCAGAGAUUCUUUUCUGAGCAGCAGCAGCAGCAGCAGCAGAACAAACCCAUAGGAGGCAAAGCCCCGAAAGUGGAGGAGAACGGGAGCAAACCCAGCGAGGCAAUUGCUGACUCUCCAGGAGUCUGCCAGGACAAAGCCGAGGAAAAGCCCGCCCCUGCUCCUGCUGCCGCAUCGAAACCUGUUAGAACUGGACCAAUCAAACCUCAGGCAAUCAAAACCGAGGAAACAAAAUCUUAGAGGCUGUGUUCCCGUGGAGAGGGGGAGAGGGGAGGGCGGGCGAGGUGUCAGCAAUCGGCGGCCCGAAGGAUGAAGAGCAGCCUGCUCUCCCCGCCGGGCUCUGAGCAGCCCCACGGGGUGUAGAGGCCAGCAGCAGUUGUGGUGGCAGCUGCUGUGUGUCCGGCUGAGCCCCCAGGCUCUCGGGGCUCACAUCUGCUCUAACAGCAUGAAGGCUGCUUUGGGGUGUGCACGUCCCACACGCGUGCGCCCCGUUUGGCUUGCACCCGCCCGCUUCCCAAAGCCACAGCACGGAGAAGUAGCAGCGGAGGGGAGGCAUUUCCAAGUUGACACAAUGACUUCUCUUACUUUCUUCGGGCUCUGAUCUUCAGCUGCUAUUUAUCUUUUUAUAAACCCAUGAGUAUGAGAACAUGCAGCUCUGAAGAUGGUGCUGGGCCAAGUAACGUGUGUUAAGUUUCUAGUGAUUUAAGAAGUUUUGUCUUGUAUAAACAGAGGGAUCCACACAUUUGCCACGCGAGGUUUAACCUAACACAGAGUUAACACUGGCAGUGCUGGAUUUCCCUCUGAAGGCAGUGCUUUGCUGGCUGCUGCUGCUUGGAUGACAAUUUACUGCAUUUAAUUCACCAUAUGAAAAAGCUACUUGGCCACCUGUGUCCUCUCCACCCGCUGCCCCCUCAGUGGCUCUCAUCCCCGGAGUUGAAGGUUCGUUGCAUCAGUAGUCAGAUUUGUUCUGUUCACCCCUGUCCAGCUGUCUUUAAAUGAUGCGAGUGGUCCCUAAACGGUUUCCAGUUUCUGUAACACAGCAACGAGCACUUAAAGUGUGCCACAAGAAUAAAAGAAACCUUAUCAGAUUAACGAGGGUUCUAUCUCAAAGGUGCAUUCUUUAUAUCAGAGCUGCGUCGCACCACCUCCUUGCCCACAGUGUGCUGGAAAGUAGAAUCAAGUCAAAUAAAUGCCUUUUUAAUUGUAUCCUCUAGUAUUCUAGCUGUAGGACAGUACUGUAUGAUACUUCUGUGAAUGUAAGAUACCCUGUACCUGCUUAUGAUAUGUAGUAGUGACUGUGCUAUACUGGAGCUGUUUUUAAUAAUGUUAUUAUAGAGGUUUUUUUUUCCAGACAAUGAUUGAAAAAGCUAAUAAAAAGCACCAGGUACCACAUCAGUAGCAGAACUUGCUGGUUUUUUCUGGGAUUUUUUUUCUUUUUUUUUUACGUUUUUUGGAAGGAAGAGUUGAAAGUGUAAUGUGUAUAAUUUUGUUCAAAUGACUGCAGAAGCUGGAAAGGCUGUUGCUGCUAUUGAUGCCUAGUGAAUUGCUAUUGGUUAUCUUUUUAUAUAAAUAUAUAUAUAAUUUGAAUUUUUGGAAACUAGCUGUGAUGUCAACUUUGGAAAAAAGUAUCCCACUUGUAGUGUGAGUUGGCAUUGUACAGAAAUUAACAGCCAUAUUGGUCUAGAAAUGUUAAACUUAAUUUUUUUUCCAUUUGUACAGGGGUAACGCACUGUAUGAAAUAUGUACGGUCUUAUUUACAUGGGUUUGAUUACAGAAACUAAUAAAGUAUUCUCUAAAUAAAGCCUGGCUGCUCUCGUGAU